AUGGUUAUUACUGCACAUUUUGUAGAUCAUAAUUGGAGAUUACAGAAACGUGUAUUAAGUUUUGUACAUGUUCCUCCUCCUCGUACUGCGGUUGAUAUUGCCGAUGGUAUUUACAAGUGUUUGCAAGAGUGGGAAAUUAAAGAUAAGAUUUUCACCAUCUCAGUUGACAACGCAGCUUAUAAUGACAAAGCUUUAAGAAGAUUGAAAGAAACUUUUUCGCGUGUAAGAAAACUUUCAUGUGGUGGUAGAUUGUUUCAUAUACGAUGUUGCGCACACAUAUUGAAUCUUCUAGUGAAAGAUGGUCUUGCAAUAAUUGAUCAUAUCAUCGGUGAUGUUCGUGAGGGUAUAAAGUAUAUUAACAAUUCGGAGGGUAGACGUCUAAAUUUUUCAAAGGCUGCACAUCAAAUGCAAAUACGUGAUCGGAAGUUAAUGCUUGAUGUUCCAACACGAUGGAAUUCAACCUAUGAUAUGUUGUGCAUGGCUUUAAAGUUCAAAGAUGCUUUCCCAAGGUAUGCAGAGUAUGAACCACAUUUUCAUCACUUGCCAACUGACGAAGAUUGGGAAAAUGUUCAAAGCGUGUGCACGAAUAUCAUCUCGGGCAGUGAUUAUCCUACUGCUAAUUUAUAUCUAAUUGAAGUGUUUAGAGUGAAGCAAACUCUUGAUAAAGGUUCAUUAUCUACAAACGAUUUUAUUCGUGAUAUGGUGAAGAAAAUGAAGGAAAAGUUUGACAAGUAUUGGGGUGAGUGUCACCUUGUAAUGGCAAUAGCUUCUGUGUUAGAUCCACGGUUCAAGAUGAAGUUGGUUGAAUUUUGCUUUCCAACACUUUAUCAAAAUUCAGACGAGAACAUUAAAGAAGUGAAGAAUGCACUUUAUGAAAUGUAUUCGGAGUAUUUAGAGAUGCAUGACACAUUAGUUAGGGAAUCUGCAACACAUGGAAGCGAACAUGAAAGAAAUGUUUUAGGGUUGAAUGAAGGUACAUCACUUGGAUCUGGAUGGGAGGCAUUUGGAGAGUUCAUAAAGACUGCAGAUUUGGAGAGACCAGAAAAGUCAGAGCUUGAUAUGUAUUUAGAAGAAGGUGUUUAUAGGGAGAAAGGACAAACAGGAAUGGAAUCAUUUAAUGCUUUAGAGUGGUGGAAUGUGCACAAGUUAAAGUACCGUGUUUUAUCAUUGAUGGCUAGAGAUGUACUUGCAAUCCCAAUUUCUACGGUUGCAUCUGAAGCAACUUUUAGUGCCGGCGGUAGAGUUAUUGAUCCAUAUCGAGCUUCAUUGGGGUCCGACACGGUACAAAUGUUGAUUUGCGGAGGAGAUUGGAUUAGGCAAGUUCAUGGAGUCAAGAAAAAAUUAAAGAAGGAGGAGUUUCCUAUUGAGGUUUUACUGCCUGAGGUGAACACAAAGUUUUGUGUAUCUGAGGAGUGA